AUGGUGAAAAGUAAAAAAUUAAAUUUAACUACAAAGAAAAUUACACCCUCUACACCUUCUUCCUCCUCCUCCUCCACUUCAUAUAAUUCCAUUGAACUAAAUUCAAUGCAAGAAAGUAUUAAUACAAGUAAAACAGUUGCUAUGAUAGAAGAUACACCAGCAACUAGAAUCCGAUCAAGAACAAGGAAAAAUACGAGAUCAACUGAUUCUGAUUCAAUAUCAAAUGUUACAAAUUUAAUAUCAAAUGAUACAAAUUCAAAUCAAGUUCAAAAAAAUCAAACUGAUUCUCAAAAAAAGCAAAAAUCAUCAUCAAAAACAAAUUCUGAUCGAAAUUCAAAUUCUAGCCCUAAACCUUCAUCAUCAUCAUCUUCUUCUUCUUCUGCUACUAAUUCCUCUACGACUAUAAAUAUAACAAAUAAUGGUUCAUCAACCAAUCUAUCCGAAUCUGAUAGAGAAAGAAGACCUAAACGAGCAUCUUCACAAAAUGUAGAUUAUAAUUUGAAAAAAAGAAGAAUAUUUAAAUCACCAAUAGAUGAUGAAAAAUUACUUAAGAAGACUCCUAAACAAGAAGACCAUAUUAAUACAGAUGAGAAAUUAACUGAUAAUAAUAUUCAAUUAAUUGAACGUAAUUCAAAGGGUCGUAUUAUUAAAAUUAAUGAUAUAAAUGUUACAGGCGAUGUGAAAAAUGCAGUAACUGGCAUUGCCUUAUCUAGGGGGCCACCUGAAAAGAUAAAAAGAGAAUCAUUAUGGAAUAAUAAAAAAAUAGUUUUACCAGAUUCAAAUAAUACUUUAGAAUUAAAAUUAUAUAAAACAAACUUGAAAACAAAUGCUUCUGAUGAUCUAACAAAGGAAAGCAGUAUAAGGCAGGAUUUACAUCCAAUUGAUAUACAUAAUAAUGAACGAUUAUCUAAUGUUAAAAAAAAUACCACAAUUAUUAGAAUUAAUUUGAAAAAUAACAGUAUAUUACCUUCAAAUUCUAAAUCCUUAUCUCACCCACAUACAAAGACUAAAAAUAAAGAACUUAUAGCUAAAGAACAAAAUAGUAAAUUGUUUGGUAAAAAUACUUUGAAUCAUAUUGAUUCUGAAGACGAUAAUAAUAAUAAUUCAGAACCAGAAAUAGAAAAUGAAGAUUUUUGUUCAAGUUGUGGUCAAACAGGAUCAUUCGUUUGUUGUGAUACAUGCCCUAAAUCCUUCCAUUUUUUAUGUCUCGAUCCUCCAUUAGAUCCUGAUAAUUUACCAGAGGGGAAUUGGUCAUGUCCAAAUUGUCAAUUUAAACAAAUAUAUCCAAAUAAAAUUCAAGCAAGAAAAGCUGAAAAUAAUUAUCUAAAACAAAUACCAAAUCAAUAUAAAGCUUUUGGUAAAUUACUCUUUAAUUUAAAAUCUAUGAAUACAAAACAAUUCGAAUUGCCAGCCUCUAUUAAAGAUACCUUUAAAGGUGUACGAACGGGUAAUAGAGGUCAAUAUAUAGAUCAUAGAAGAAAAGAUAUGCCCACUGAAAGACAAUUGUUUGGUUCACCUUAUGGACAAAGUAUUACAAAACUUGAUACAUAUUCACCAGAUUCUCAUAUUAAUGGAGAAACUGGUCAAUUUUUAAUAUGCUAUAAAUGUAGAACCACAAGAAUGGGUACAUGGGAUGAUUAUGAAAAAUCUUCUAGGCUAAUUAUAAAAUGUGACUAUUGUGAAACUCCCUGGCAUUUAGAUUGUAUUCCUGAUAUUCCUAGAGCUUCAUUAAAAAAUUUGGGGUCCAAAUGGAGAUGCCCAUUACAUGCAUUUAAUGACUCAAGUAAAAGGAAACAUAAAAGACGUUUAGCAAAAAAUCAAAAGACUACAGAAUCAUUUCAAACUUGUGGUUAUAAGAAUGAUGGAGACAUAGAGAUAAUCAUGGAUGAAAUAUCAGCACCAAUGGCUGACAUUCAAAAUUCUGGAAAUAUGAACCCAAUUCCACUCCUUCAUGAAAAUUCUGUAAAAUUAGACUUUUUCAAUAAAAUUUAUAAAGCAAAGAAUGUUCAAAAUAAGAAUAAUUUAAAGAUUCAAGAAAAUAUGAUAGAUAAACUGCUUGAUGGAGAGUUAAGGACUCAUAGUGACGAAAAGACAGUUACUGAUUUGAAUUCAUUCUUAUAUUUCACAGUAUCAAAUACACCACAAUUAAAAAAACAUUGGGAUUUUAAAGAGUUAUGUUUAGCAUCAGAAAGUAUUUUAGAUGAUGAAAUAGUACCUGAUAAAGAAUUACAGCAAUUAAAGUAUUUGAAAAAAAUUUUAGAAUCUAAACCAAAAGAGGAAAUUCUACAAUUUUUUAAUUUAUCAAAGUAA